GAACAGUUUUCAACCAAAUUGAAGAUAUCAGUGUAUUAAAUGUAUGAAAGCUUUGGCUAAAUCCACGUUUAUUUGUCUUAAUUAUUUACUGCAGUAAACAUACCGUCCUCUCCUCUGCUGUUUUCUUAACGCUUUUACUGUGAAACCUCAUUACUCCUUUGACAAUGCUGCCACAGCUGUUGUUGAUAAAGACACAUCCGACGAUCAGUCUGUUAAAGAAUUGGUGAGAACAGUUGCAGAUAAUUUAGUCACUUCUCUGGAACACUAUAAUAAUGUUAGGGAAGGAAAAUUAAAUACAUUUACUGUGUAUAUUUUAAAUAUUUUUGCUAUGAACCCAGCAAAAUGGGCUGCACAGUGAGGUAGUGGUUAGCAUGUUUGCCUUGCAGCAAGAAGAUCCCCGGUUCAAAUCCCGGGGUGGGCCUGGGAUCUUUCUGCAUGGAGUUUGUAUGUUCUCCCUGUGCAUGUGUGGGUUUUCUCCGGAUACUCCGGCUUCCUCCCACAGUCCAAAAAUAUGCUGAGGUUAAUUGGUUACUCUAAAUUGCCCGUAGGUGUGAAUGUGAGUGUGAUUGUGUGUCUGUAUAUGUAACCCUGUGACAGACUGGCGACCUGUCCAGGGUGUCCCCUGCCGUCAGCUGGGAUAGACUCCAGCACCCUAGUGAGGAUAAAGCGGUGUAUAGAGAAUGGAUGGAUGGACCCAGCAAAAUGUCUAAAAUGCCACACUGUGAAAACCUUUUCUUGCACUGUCAAAUACUGGACAUAAACUUGAAUUUUAACUAGGCAUUGAUUUCAUUCUGGUGUGUGUAAUUUGUCCAUUAGCAAGAAAUGUAGUGUUUAUUUUUGACCUUAUGAACAGGUUUUAUGGAUCUAAACCGGUGUUCUUGGUUUCAAAUGUAGUGCCACCAACACGUGUGUGUGUCCAGGUGUGCCUCUAGAAGUCUCAGGCUUCAGGUUCCUUGACAUUUAUAAGUGUUCAUCCCCCUCCUCCCCCAGGUCAUGGGGUCUUAACCAACUAGGUGGAAUGUUUGUUAAUGGCCGCCCACUUCCGGAGGUGAUCCGGCAACGCAUCGUGGACAUGGCUCACCAGGGGGUUCGGCCUUGCGACAUUUCCCGGCAGCUCCGAGUCAGCCACGGCUGUGUCAGCAAGAUCCUGGGACGCUACUACGAGACUGGCAGCAUCAAGCCUGGGGUGAUCGGUGGCUCCAAGCCCAAGGUGGCCACCCCAAAGGUCGUGGACAAGAUCGCAGAGUACAAGAGGCAGAAUCCCACCAUGUUUGCUUGGGAGAUCAGAGACCGGCUGCUGGCGGAGGGAGUGUGUGACAGCGACACGGUGCCCAGCGUGAGCUCCAUUAACAGGAUAAUUCGGACGAAGGUUCAGCAGCCGUUUAAUCUCCCUCUGGAUGGAAAAGGUUUGAGUCCAGGACAAACACUGAUCCCCAGUUCGGCGGUCACUCCUCCAGAGUCGCCACAGUCCGACUCUCUGGGCUCCACCUACUCCAUCAGCGGCCUGCUGGGAAUCCCACAGCCCAACGCCGAGGGCAAGAGGAGCCACGAUGACAGUGAUCAGGAGAGCUGUCGGCUCAGCGUGGAUUCUCAGGGCAGCGGAGGCGUCCCGAGGAAACAAAUGAGAGUGGAUCACUUCUCUGCAGCCACGCAGCAUCUGGACUGUGGGUUUGAUCGCCACCACUAUCCACCGGACUCGUUCAGCUCCGCCUCCAGCAGCAAGACGGAACAGACUUUGUACCCGCUGUCCCUCAUCAAUGGCAGCCUAGAAGAGGCCAAGACCAGCCUGUCAACAUCCAGCUCUGCCAUUGGACGGAAUCUGUCGGCACACCAGAGUUACACCAUGGUGACCGGGCGUGACAUGGUGAGCUCCACCCUGCCAGGCUACCCACCUCACAUCCCCUCCCCUGCACAGACCGGAUACUCUUCGUCCGCCAUCACGGGGAUGGUAGCAGCAGGUACAGACUACUCGGUCAGUCCUACACCCAUUCGCCCUCACCUCCUACAGCGAAGCUGGAGGUUCACCAACUCCAGCAUACUGGGCUCGCCCUACUACUACAGCUCGGCCUCCCGCACCGGACCACCGUCUGCGGCCGCCUACGACCACCUCUAGUCCCCUCCACCAACACUGGAGAACUGUAGCAUCAGCCGACACACGGACCAAGGCAUGAAGUCAAAACUGGAUGUGGACUUGAGACUCUGCUGUUGAAACCAGCGAUGCAUUGUGUGUGUGUGUUUUUUUGUUUAUACUCCAUCCUCUCACGGGCUACCACACCUACUUCUAUUUAUUUGUCAUUACUGACACCGUUCCCCAGGGUAACUGACUCGUGCACGUUUACACAUCGCUAACACUCUCCAGGGCCUGUUUCCAGAGACUCAGCCUGACGUCUCACGUGGUGCAUUUUUUUCAGUAUAAAUCUCUCUUUUUUUAACACUGUUUUGGCCAAAGACUCUUUUUUUUUCCUUCCUGGCACAUCUGCAACUUGACUUCACUGAUCCAGUGAAUAGGGAUAUGCAACUUCUUUAUACUGAACUAUGCCUGCUUUGUUUACAAUGCUCUUGUUUUGUUUGUUUUUUAGAAAGAAAAGAAAAAGUGAAUCCUGUCCUAUCAUCUCAAAUCUAUUCUUGAUCUAUGUCUGCUUGCAAAAUUGAGUUUGUGAUUUGUUUCCAUUGUAGAUGCAGAUUUCCUGUAGUGAACAUAGACUAAUAAGGCGACACACUGAAUCACAAUUACGACAAAAAUGCCCCUCAGAGACAAUUAAUGAAUCUGUCUAGCAAUAUGUACAUACUGUAAAUGAUGAAUUACUUAUGGAGAAGUGAUGCAAUUUUACUCAGAGAAUGACGGAUGGUGAUUUGGCUACUAAAACCAACAAGGCUUGAAAUACAUUUGUUUUUGUUUAUGUUUCUUAUUUUUGCUUCAAAUAAAUUUAGUCUGCUGUCAUGCUGAUGUUCUGAUGUUUGGUAAAAACUGUGACUAUUUUUCUUAUACUGUUAUUAAUAUUAUUGCAGAUGUAAAUAAUGAAUUUCUAAAGAAUUAUUUUUAAUUAAAGCAUGACAAAUUUA